AUUAUUGACUGUCGAUUAGGGAAAGUCUUUAGGAUUUUUAAUUCAAGUGAAGUGAGUGUUGAAGUGCUUCACAACUUUGACGAUGGCUUGUCAUCAAUGGUAGACAAUUGCGAUCACAAAACACAUGACAAGUCAAGUCAUCAGAUCAUUGACCACAGUUUGUCCGUAUAUAUGACUCCAAGAUGACGAACAAUUCGUCGGCAAAUCUCAUCGACUUCGAUGAUCAUCACUUUGACAGUACAAGUGACGACUGGACUGACGUAAACAGUGCGGUCGCGACCAACUCGGACCAGAACUUGGGUCAAAACUUUAAGGCCAACAAUGUCGGUAAAAGUAGUUUUUACGGAACUCAAUUGGAUUCGCCGAUUAACGAUAAUAUUGUGGACAUUUCGCGACACGAGAUCGCAACGGGUGCCACACCUUUGGCCGCACGGGAGAGUGUUAUACGGGCACAGAUGGUUAUGCGUGAGGACAAGUACACCCAUUUGGAGAAUUACCGACUAUUUGUGGGCACUUGGAAUGUGAACGGACAGAAUGCCACACAAUCACUGCAUGACUGGUUGGCCAGAGAUCCCAAUCCUCCCGAUAUUUAUGCUCUCGGUUUUCAAGAAUUAGACUUAUCGACGGAAGCCUUUGUGUUCAAUGAGUCGCCGAAACAAGAGAUGUGGUUUAAGGCGUGUAGAGAAGCACUUCAUCCGAAAGCCACGUAUGAGUUGGUCCGACUCGUCAGACUCGUCGGUAUGAUGUUAGUUGUGUUCAUUAAAGCAGAAUUAAAACAGUUUGUGUCGCACGUGACCGCCGAGAUGGUGGGCACUGGACUUAUGGGCCGAAUGGGAAAUAAAGGCGGUGUUGCCAUUAGGUUUGACUUUCACAGUACGUCAAUCUGUUUGGUGAACAGUCAUCUGGCGGCACACGUCGAGGAAUAUGAGCGCCGAAACCAAGACUACAAUGAGAUUUGUUCGCGACUUAUCUUCAAUUACUUUAAACCUCCGAAAUAUAUUAAAGAUCACGAUCACAUUUAUUGGUUUGGAGACUUAAACUAUCGGCUAAUGGACUUAAGCACCGAACAGGUUAAGAAUUAUCUUAACAUUAAGGCCUAUCAGGUACUCCUAGAGCACGACCAGCUCAAGGUUCAGAUCAAUUGCAAGAAUGUGUUUGUCGGCUACACUGAAGGCGAUAUUACAUAUUUGCCGACCUAUAAGUACGAUCCGGGAACUGAUAAUUGGGAUUCAAGUGAAAAGAGUCGACCGCCCGCCUGGUGUGAUCGUGUCUUGUGGCGAUCCAAAGAGCCGACCAAACAACUGGCUUAUAGAAGUCAUCCAACUUUGUUGAUCAGUGACCACAAGCCUGUGAGCGGUUUGUUUGAUGUCUCCAUUAAAGUGAUUGACAACAAAAAAUAUCGUAAAAUAUAUGAAGAAGUGAUGAAAAAAUUGGAUCAAUUGGAAAACGAAUUUCUACCUCAAGUAACGGUCGACAAAAUGGAAGUUAAUUUUGAUUUUGUCACUUUCGGUGAACGACAGAGUAACCUAUUGACAGUGGCCAACACGGGUCAAGUGCCUCUUACGUUUGAGUUCAUUAAGAAACCAAAUGAUGUCUCCUAUUGUAAACCGUGGCUACAGAUAAAACCAUAUACUUCUAAGUUAAUGCCCGGCGACUCACUGGACGUUGAAUUGGAAGCGUUUGUCGAUAAGACAACUGCCUAUAGACUUAAUAGCGGUGCCGACGAAUUAUCAGACAUAAUAGUGUUACAUCUGGAUGGUGGUAAAGAUCUUUUUAUAACAAUCACCGGUACUUAUCAACGAAGCUGUUAUGGUUGUUCAAUCGAUACAUUGGUUAGACUUAAACAACCACUUAAACAAGUGUCUAAAGAUGUUGUCAAACAACUGGAGCUCAAACAACACGACAAAUGGCCAGCAAUUUGGGACAUACCUAAAGAACUUUGGAUUAUUGUCGAUCAACUAUACAAAUACGGAAUGUUAACAAAAGAGUUGUUUCAACAAUCAGGUCUAAUAACAGAGUUUUGUCAGGUGAGGAAGUGGCUGGAUAUGGGAUAUGUCGACAAAUUCAAUGUAAGCAUCUAUUCAGUAGCUGAAGCUUUAAUUAUAUUUUUGGAAUCGUUAUCCGAACCGGUCGUACCCUAUAAUUAUUAUGCACGCGCUCUGGAAGGAAGUUCCAACUUUAUACUAUGCAAACAAGUGGUUCAGGAAAUGCCAGAACAUCACAGAAAUGUAUUUUACUAUUUAAUUGCUUUUCUAAGGGAAUUGUUAAGGCAUUCAAACACUAAUAAACUCGACUCUAAAUUAUUAGCAUCGAUAUUUGGUUCAGUAUUAUUGAGAAGUCCUAUCAACGAAGGUAUGGGUGUUGAGAGAAAUAUUCUGAGAGCUUCACAACAAAGUCUAUUUAGAAGCUCUUCGGAUACUUCCAGUAGUUCUUCAUUUCAAUCUCACGUGCAGUCAAUAGAUCGCAAAAAGGAUGCCUUUGUUUUUCAUUUCUUAGUCAAUGAUUUUGAUAUUUAAAACAAAAUUCAAUGCAAAUUCUUACCGGUUUUCUGUAUUAUUAUUAUGUACUGUAUAUGUGUGUAUAUACUGUAGAAAUUAAUGCUUUUUAUUAUCACAAAUAUGAAUAUAUUUUAUAUAUGUAUUGCAAACU